AUGAAUAAAGUGGCCUUUGUUACAGUAGCUUCGUUAUUGACUCAACGAAAAAUAUAGUUGUAGAGUGCUGGAGAUUCCCAACAAAUCUAUUAUAAAUUGAAGAGCAGAGAGGAGCAUUUAGCUGACGCACUAUAAAGUGAAUACGACGUCAUUAUAGUCGGAGGAGGAGCUACUGGGGCAGGUGUAUCUCUUGCUUGUGCCAACAGGGGAUUGAAAUCGAUAGUUUUGGAGUCACAAGAUUAUGCCAGUGGUGCAUCUAGCAAAUCGACGAAAUUAGUACAUGGAGGUGUAAGGUACAUGCAACAAAUAUUUCAAUUGUCCGAAAAAAACAGAAUAGAAAAAUGGGAUUUGGUGUCAGAAUCAUUAAGAGAGAGAUCUAAUUUUUUAUCAAUGUGCUCUUAUUUAACCUAGGAUUUCCCAACUUUAAUACCAUGCAAUAAUUUAUUUGAUUUGGGCUAUUAUUAUUUGGGGUCCUUGGUAUAUCAUUGUGUUUACUUGUACUACUAGACAGGAGGACACACGUUUAAGCCUCCAAGAAUAGUUGGCAAAGAAGAAAUUUAAUCGCACUUUAAAUUUGCUAAAUGUAAUUAUGGUGUAAUAUACUAUGAUGGAUAAUUCAAUGACGCCAGGAUGGUUUAAGAAUUACUUGUUACAUCUAGUCUCAAAGGUACAUUAAACAUGGCCAAUUAUGUUGAGGUUAAAGGAUUAUUAAAAGAUGAGUAAAAUAAAAUCACAGGAGUUUAAGCAUUCGAUAAGAUUGGGUAGAAACAAAUUAAAAUCAAAGGUAAAUGCGUUGUAAAUGCAACUGGUGGAUGGGCUGACAAUUUACGUUUGAUGGAUGAUCCAACUGUUAGUAAGAGAAUAGUCUCAGUCGCAGGUAGUCAUAUAACUUUGCCCCAAAAAUACGGAUCUCGUCAUUGGGGAUAUUUGAUACCAAAAACUAGUGAUGGCAGAGUUCUAUACAUGAUACCUUGGUAAGGAAAUAUGAUCAUGGGUACCACAGAACGAAAGUUAGAGAGCCCUACUCAUGAUCCUACUGUAAGUCAUGAGGAAUAUAUGUGGUUGUUGAAAUCAUUUUGCGAUGAAUUUACUGUUGAUGCAAGCGAAGCCGCUAGAGAUGUAAAAUCUAAAUGGUGUGGAGUGAGACCCUUAGUAUAUUAAAGCGAUGCUCUUAGUACUAAGGAGGUCUCAAGAACUCAUCAAAUAGAAGUAUCAAAGAGUGGCUUAAUAUCAGUAAUGGGGGGUAAAUGGACCAUCUUUAGAUUGAUGGGCGAGUAAGCAGUAGAUAAGGUUUAGUAGUUAAUAGGGAAAAACUAAAAAAGAAUAGAGAACUUGCCAAAGUUAGUUGGGGAUUGGACAUAAUUUGAUCACAGAAAAGAAAUCUAAAUUAUGAUGAAAAUGUUUGACUUACCUUAAUCUUAUGCAGCAUAUUUCUUAACUACAUAUGGAGAUAGAGCAUAUGAUGUUUUAAAGCUAAUUUAUGAAAAACCAGAAAAUAAAGAAAGUUUACAUCCAUAAUUCCCUCACACAGUUGGAGAAAUCUUAUACUAGAUUAGAUAUGAAUAAGCUAGAAAACCAGAAGAUAUUUUAUUUAGGAGGACAAGAUUAGGGUUUUUAGAUUAGAAUGCCAUUUUUACAGUGUAUGAAAAGGUGUUUUAAAUUAUGGCUAAAGAACUGAAAUGGUCUGAUAAAUUUUAAUAGUAAUUUUUGAAAGAGAAUUUUGAGUAUAUAAGAAAGUUAGAGUUUUGAUUGGUUAUGUUUGUUAUCUUUUUAAUAAUAAA